UGACCUUUCCAGCGGAGAAGCCGGUGCAGCGUCUGCCAUUUUGUGAGGAGCCGCUGCCGCUGCCGCUGCCGCUGCCCAGAACCAUGUUGCCGCUUCGCCCGUCAGCGGCCUUCACGCGAACUCUGUUCGGACAUCGCGCACCAGCAAGCAAAGCCGAUAAUUGAAAUCGCAGGUUGGAAGGAACUCGGGUUUGUUGGUCCAUGGUUCCUGCAUUCUCACCUCGUUGGAACUCAAAAUAAGAAUGAUCUUGGACUGUACCAUGGGUCUGCAGUGUGCUUCAUUCCUAGUUUCUCCCAUCUAUUAAAUCUUUAGUUGAGCACACGUCUUUAGACCUGGUGCUGUAUGGUGUUUUGCAGCAAGUGCUUAAGAACUAACUUGACAUGAAGAUGGAAGCAGCGGAGAAGGCAGAUUUCUCUUCCCAGGAUGGUCUGGAGGAAACUGAGGCUUCUUCAAAAGGUGUUGAUAUAAAAUCUGGUGAAACCUGCAAGGAAGAUGAUGGUUCAUUUCCAAAAGAGACAGCAGCCAAAUUGACAAAAGAGAACAGUGAACAUCCAUUGAAAACAAGUGGACAGUCUGUUGAACCUUGCUUGUUAAUGGAACUUGGGCAAGACUCAUCUGAAUCUCAGCUUCCAUCUGCUGAGAGCGAUAAACAAACACCCGGCCGCACUUAUGACAGCGAUUCUUCCAAUCAGUGCAUGGUUUCCCCGUCUUCCAGUGGUCAUUUGGCAGAUUCUGACACACUCUCAUCUGCAGAGGAGAAUGAGGCACCCCAGGCAAAUGUAGCUGUGGAAGAGGACCCCACAGGAGGAUCUGGUCCUUCAGUAGGCAGAAAAUCACGACGAUCCAGGUCCGAGAGUGAAACAUCAACCAUGGCUCCCAAAAAGAACCGUUCUUCAAAUGACAAGCAGAAUGGCCGUGUGUCAAAGGUUAGAACGCAGAAACAAAAGGAACGGAUACGUUUGCUACGGCAGAAACGCGAAGCGGCAGCUCGGAAGAAAUAUACAUUGCUGCAGGACAGCAGUACGAGCGAUAGCGACUUGACAUGUGAUUCCAGCACAAGCUCAUCAGACGACGAAGUUUCUGGAAAUGGCAAGAGGACGAUUAGUUCAGAGAUCCCAGAUGGCCCUCCAGUGACAGCACAUUACGAUAUUUCUGACACUAACUCUGACCCAAGCGUGCUGAAUGUGGAUAAUCUUCUUGCAGCUGCUGCCGCUCAGGAACAAUUCUCCUUUGGACAUCAUGAGUUUAAAGUGAACACAAUAAGGAAUCAGGGACUACUGGAACAACGUGUUACAGGACGCGGAGACGAAAACUUCAUAGCGGCCGAUGGCUCCACAGGCUUCUUUGUACCGGAUAAGGAAGAAAUCCAGAUUGCCUCCUCAGAUAGUGAGGUUGAAAUAGUUGGAGUCCAAGAAGAUUCAAGGUGCACUCAGAGCAGACCUGGUGUCAUUCAGCGAUGUUCAGCAUGGAAGCAGAGUCCUCACUCAUACUGCCUCGGCAGCAGGGAGCAACAACAACAAAUGCAUUCAUGGCCUGCCAUUUCCCAGCCAACCUGGAGCGGGCCACCAGAGGUUGUUGACCUUACCCUGGAUGAAGAUGCGAGACGCAGAUACUUACUGUGAUGGAAAUCGUGUGCUUUCUUUGUUUUGUUGCAAGAAGAGGAAAAACAAAAAAAAGCUUGACACCACCUGUCUAUCGUUCACAAAGAUUUGUAAAGUUAUUUCAUUUUUGUUCUCUGUUUGGAAUUGCUGAAGUUUCCAACAUUUAGAAUCGCUCAAAAAGAUUUGUUUCCUAUUUGUCCUAAAAUGGCAAUACACCAGUAUUGUGGGAUCCAUGCGGGAAGAGUGUUUAUAAAUUUAAUUAGUAUUUUACAAUGUGCCAGGUGUUUCCGUAGAUUAUUGGAUUCACAUUGCAUGUACCUGAACUAGAGUUGAAGAGUUAUCUGCGCUAAACCUGGCCUUUAAAUGGUGUGACCAGACUGGAGCUAGGCACACUAUAAAAUGUAGUUGACUUCAAAUGUUUCUCUUUUGUUUUGCAGAUUUAAGGCUGAUUCAGGAUAACUGAAUUUAUUUAAGGCUAGCA